AGAACAACUCCUGUGGAAGUUUGUUAGUGUCUGCAUCUCUAUCCAUCGUUACAAUCCAAAUUCCUUUCUCUGCAACACAUGUGAUUUGGUUGUAAUCACACAUAAGUGAAUCAGUGAUCAAUCCCCUGGAAAGGGUUUUCUUAGAUUUUAUCCAAAAGGGUUUUGCUAGCAUCAUUAUCUUCUUUAGAUCGUAUUUAAAUUCCUAUCAAUGGCGGAAACAACUAAAGAGAAGUUAUUGGAUAACCAUACCGAGAAACAUUUUACUGCGGGUGCAAUUGUGAGAGAUGUGAUCAUUGGGGUUUCUGAUGGUCUCACCGUUCCGUUUGCUCUUGCUGCUGGUCUUUCCGGUGCUAAUGUUGGUUCUUCUAUUAUUGUCACCGCUGGUCUGGCUGAAGUUGCUGCUGGUGCCAUAUCCAUGGGUCUUGGAGGCUAUCUUGCGGCAAAAAGCGAAGAGGAUCAUUACCAUAGGGAGCUGAAGAGAGAACAGGAGGAGAUCAUCAAUGUCCCUGAUACAGAGGCUGCUGAGAUUGAGGAGAUUCUAGCAGAGUACGACCUACAGCCACAUGAAUAUGCACCCCUGGUUAAUGCUCUCCGGAAGAAACCCCAGGCAUGGCUGGAUUUUAUGAUGAAGUUUGAACUGGGAUUAGAGAAGCCUGAUCCAAGAAGAGCAUUAGAGAGUGCAUUUACGAUUGCGUUUGCUUACGUUUUAGGUGGAUUGGUACCCCUCCUUCCUUACAUGUUCAUCCCGGACGCUGUUAAAGCCAUGCUAACCUCAGUGGCCGUUACUUUGAUAGCACUGCUUUUCUUUGGCUUUGUUAAGGGUCACUUCACCGGAAACCGACCUUUCAGAAGUGCUUUUGAGACAGCUCUAAUUGGGACAAUCGCCUCUGCUGCAGCUUAUGGAAUAGCUAAGCUUGUACAAGCAAAAUGAGCUAAAGAGAGGAUCCAAACCGCCAAAUUCCAUAUGAUCUUAUCUAUCUAUAUAUAUAUAUAUAUAGUGAAGCCAGCUUAGUUGAUGUAUCUCUAGUAGAUGGGCAUGCAAGAUAUGCCUGCAAAGACCAUCAGAUGGAUGGAUUUCUGGUUUUCUUAAUUACUAAAUGGAUCUGAUCUGAAACCAUCUAUUUUAUUACCGCCAGUCUUUUUCACCGAUGGACUAAGAUGGCAACACCAUGUGCAAUUUUUGAUUCCAAAACAAAAAGUGUCACACCUAAUAUUCCGUAUGUUGUUGUACAUAGUCAAUACGAACCAUCAUUACAAUGUAAUAAAUAAUGACUCUUAGUAAUAAUUAAUGAGAAUCAUGUAUUUUCAUUA